UUUCUCAGUCGACUCUGGAUCUGGAAAACUUAUUGGACCUUGCUCUGAACAAAACAGGACUAAGGACUUUGUUGAAUUUAAAAAACGUCAAUUUGAGAUUAAAAAUGAUUACAUUUGUAAGGCCACACAUUUACUUGGAAAUCACUGCACUGCCACAGUGAGUGUGAGAGGGACAGCAGCAGCAGCAGCAGCAACAGCAAGUGUCAUCUGGUCUUCCAACUUGGGGGGGGCUUUGGAGUUUAAAAUGGUGUGAAUAUGAUAGCCAUCGGUAUAGCUUAUGCAAGUGGAGAUCUGUCUGCACCAUUGAAAGUUGACAGUUCGGAGGCACUAAUCUGACAAAAGGACGGUGUAAAUCAACAACAGCACAACGAUUUUGGAUAUCCACAAAUAAAACUGUUGGGACUUGGGGAGCAGAAAGGGGACUUUGCCUGAAUCUCGGGCGGCUGCAUGAGAAAGAGAGUUGGGAGGACGCACAGGCAAAAGGGCAAGAGGAAGGCACCAAGGAGGUGAGUGACGGAUUUACCCUCGGAGGGGUAAAAAGAUGACCGUGGUGUCCCAGGAGAACCACGACGACACUGUGGUCGUAACUCCUUUGUUGCAAGAUGCUGCUGACUUAGAACCAGCGGACCAGGAGUGCAGCGAGAGGGUGGUCAUCAACAUCUCAGGUCUGCGCUUUGAGACGCAGUUAAAGACCCUCUCUCGCUUCCCGGCUACGCUUUUGGGAGAUCCGCGUAAAAGGAUGCGUUUCUUUGACCCGCUGAGAAAUGAAUACUUCUUUGACAGGAACAGACCGAGCUUUGAUGCCAUCCUCUAUUAUUACCAAUCAGGAGGGCGGCUACGGAGGCCCGUAAGUGUACCUGUGGAUAUUUUCCUGGAAGAAAUAAAGUUUUAUGAAAUUGAGGAAGAGGCCGUAGACAUUUACCGAGACGAUGAGGGCUUGGCGAGGGAAGAGGACCGCCCGCUGCCUACUAACGAGUUUCAACGCCAGUUUUGGCUCCUGUUUGAGUAUCCAGAGAGUUCAGGACCUGCACGGAUAAUUGCCAUUGUGUCAGUUAUGGUUAUUUUAAUAUCCAUUAUUAUAUUCUGCUUGGAGACUUUACCCGAGUUUAGAGAAGUCCCCGCAGUGCACGACAAUCCCGCCAAUGGAAGUGCUCACGGCAAAGCGCCCAGUCCGUUCACAGACCCGUUUUUCAUGGUGGAGACACUUUGCAUUGUGUGGUUCUCUUUUGAAUUCACCAUGAGAUUUCUGUCCUGUCCCAGUAAAGCAGCUUUCUUUAAAAACAUCAUGAACCUGAUCGAUGUUGUGGCCAUAGCUCCUUAUUUUAUCACCCUGGGCCUUGAUCUUGCAGAGCAUCAGGGCAGCAGUCAGCAGGCUGCGUCUUUGGCCAUACUGAGGGUCAUCCGUCUGGUCCGUGUUUUCAGGAUUUUUAAACUUUCCAGGCACUCCAAGGGUCUCCAGAUCCUGGGCCAAACGCUUCACGCAAGCCUCAGGGAGCUGGGACUGCUCAUAUUCUUCCUGAUUAUUGGAGUUGUUUUAUUCUCCAGUUCUGUUUACUUUGCAGAAGCAGAAGACCCCGAUUCUGGAUUUUCAAGUAUACCUGAUGCGUUUUGGUGGGCUGUGGUGACAAUGACCACAGUUGGAUAUGGAGACAUGUGUCCCUCCACCAUCGGGGGGAAAUUCGUUGGAUCUUUGUGCGCCAUCGCAGGAGUGCUAACCAUAGCUUUACCUGUCCCUGUUAUAGUGUCAAAUUUCAAUUAUUUCUACCACAGAGAGAACGAGGAUGAGGAAAAUGUUCAGUACAUACACGUGACUUGCGGACAGCAGCAGCAGCCCUCCUUUGGUGAAUGUGAUUCAAACAAAAGUACCCAGUCGCUCUCCAAAACCGAGUCCUAUCAGGGAAGCGACGAGUUGGAAACUUUGACACAUCCAAACGUAAACCCACCGGAGACAUACACAGGGAAACUGACAGAUGUAUAAAACGCACCGUUGGAAAUCGCUUUUAUUUCUGGAGGCAGACGAUUAAGGGACGCUUGCUUCUCCCUCAGAGUCGCAACAAAAUACAAGUGUGGGAUUCUCCUCUUCUCCAAAAUAUUGGAUCAUUUUCUCACGGAUAUUCGUGCAUUGCCAGUGUUGUAGCCUACAGAGACCUCACGGUGGAAACGCUUGGAAAAGGUUCAGUCUGACUUAAUGAACAUUGUGUGUAUCAUCAGUAGAAAAAACAACAACAACAUUCUUUUGUGUCGGCUUUAUGAAUGACCACGCUUUAUUUAUAUAAAAAAGCCUUGUGUAUACUGCGUUUUUGUAAUUUCCCUUUUCUUAUGCAGCUUAUUAUGCAAAGUUGGAAUCGCAACUUACCUCUGUGUUGUUACAAACAUUCAGAUUGCAUUGCAGCUGUAGACAACAACAUAGCCCAGCACAUUACGAUGCAACGUCUGCAUGACAUGGAUUCAUUGUGAAUUUUAAAUGUAAUAAAAUAUUUUAUUUUUCUAAUUUAAACAUGUAUGUGAACUUAACUUAAUCCUUUUUUUUUAAUAAAUUAAUUAUGAAUCAGAAAAAUAUACCCCUCGUUAUUUUUCACUCAGUACAAUACAGAUCGGACUCACAAAAGGCAAAGAGUACGUCAUUUGUGUAAACAAUAUAAAAUCCAUGCCCAUUAAUUAGUUCAAUACACUUUAUCACUUUUGGUGCUGAAUGAUGGAAAACAAGGCGCAGGACCAGACAUUGGGUUGUCUCGCCACAAAACCAAUUAACUUAAUAAAAUGUCAUAGUGAUGAAUGUAGGGGGAUUUUUUUGGCUGGAGGCACAUUUUAACAAAUUAGACAGACGUCUGAUGACCUGAUUUUGUGUUGAAUGUGAGUUUUUAGAAAGUCAGAAGGCACGUUGUUCUGAGUCAGUUCAGCUCUGCUCCUCACCGCGUUUUUAGGCCCCUCACACACAUCCACCUACAUACAGGCCCCCGUAGUCAGCAAUGGACAAAUAUAGGUUAUUAUUUGCGUAUUUGUUACUUUAUUUGAUACUUUAUCGCAAUGACUUGAGUAAGUUCUGGUGUUUGUUUUUGGGAUUAGUUCUAUGAGGUGAAUCGAUCAUCUGCGCUGUCCGUGGUGCUGAAAUGGAUCCUCCGUCCUCUGCAGAGCGUUUUGCCAAAUUUCCUGCAUUUUGUCUCAGAUCUGCUUGGCUUGUGGAGUCAUAUGUAGCGAUGAGUGGAGACUGAGAAGACAGUAUAACUUAGUCAGUGUCAUAAAGUAUCAGAUAUUGGGUGUGAGACGUGCACAUCCUGGAUGCAAGCUCCCCUUGAUGUGAUGUCUCAUAGCUGCGAGGGCUGCAAACACAUUGUGGACGCUUUUAUCUUUCUCAUUGCUCACUAGUAAAAUGAUGAAAAUUACAACAUCAAAUUUUGACAUGGAGCGUAGGAAACCAACCAACUAACGCCCGUGUAAUCGUUAAAUCCUGGAGUGACAGUCACAAUGAAAAGGUGAUUUAAUCUCUCACCAAUUGAUGAUAGGCUAGUUUUGUAAAUUAUAGAUUAUCACAGGUGUUACACAGUGUGAAUUCAGAGGUUUUGUUACCAGCUGCCCUUGUUUGCAGUCUGAUUGCGCCAGUGCUGACACACAAGCGCUCUUGUUUUUGUGGUGUAUGGAGAACUUCUGGCGGCGUGCUUGAGUAGAGCCGGUCUGCAUUGCGUCGAAACCCUCCAACUCCUCCUCCUUCUCCUGCUGCCCUCCCUUCUCCUCUCUUUUCCCUCACCUCCCCGGCACUUGCACGUAAAAUGCACAACAAAACUUGCUUGACAAUGUGGAGAAAACAUUUGGACCUCGCUGCUGCACUUGACUGUCUCUCAACUAUCCAUUUUGAUUUUUUUUUUUAUUAUUCUGCUCUCCGAGCCGCGCUGAAAGCAGCAGAUUCCUGCUGAUGCAGUGAUGUCUGGAAAUGUCAAGGGCUCGCUUAUUGCCCCUUACUGUAUCUCCCCCCCUGAAUUGCAGUGCAAGAUGUUCUCCUGCGGUACACUGUAAGCUGUUCACACCACGGUGCAGCCGCGCAAGCAGCUACCGACGCUGCAGCUUUGCCAUUCAGUCUUUCUGCUCCUUUUCCAUCUCAGGCUUUUCUCAUUAGACUCACCUGACUUGUUUUUAUCUCUUCUUGCUUCACCGUCUAAAGACAUUUGCGCCUAUUUGAGGGCGCUUUGUGGCGGACACAGUUGGGAUGGCGAUGAGCACAGUAAGGCUCUAGCUU